GUAGCCCAAGCCCAGUCCAAGAUCCCUUAAACCACCUCAACCCCACCAUUGCAGUCGCACAGCGUGGGAUAUUGGACAGUUAAGCGCCGACAGUCAGGCUCGAUGGCAGCGAUCCCGGGUUCAAGAUGGUCGCCUGUGUCCAUAGAUCCCGGCAUUACGUAGACUGGUGCCAUGGAGCUAUGAUACUGUUAUACUAGCUAUAGCUCGUUGUAAUCUUUUACUCCUUUUCUCACUUUUCCAUCCAUCUAUCUUUUUCUUCCCUUGGUGUUGAGCUGGUUCUCUACACAGUCAACGCUCAUAUACCUGUCCUAGACUUCCCUGAGCUCUAGCUCGCCGUUGUGAUAUAAUAUUAGUUAUUAUUUCAUCAUCCUAUCCGUAUUUCCCCAAGAUACUACUUGCAGUGUAACUUCUUUGCUCAGCUCAAAGGUUGCAGAGAUGGCUGUUCGACCUGGUGAGGAGAACGUUGCGACCCUCUUUGGGGAUAUUCAUUAUUUCUAUGGUCCUCCUACGGCCAACCCACCUCAUCAUCGCUUCGACAAGGGGUCGUAUGUUUAUUUGUUCGAAAAUGCAAGCCACCGCCGGGCGCGCAUUGAGAUCGCAAAUCAGCCUGGCACCGAUGACCAAGAUGCCUUUGAUGGAUUUUUGGAUACAACUCAUGUUCGCUACUCUUACAAGCAACAAUGCCUUGUCAGCAUAAUCGUCGAGGGCGUUCCCGGGCCGCCGAUAGAUCAGAGUCAGUGGCAUCUUCCUACGUAUGACCCGCGCAACGAAAAUAAAUAUCAUUACAAGCUACACUCGCUUGACAUCUACUUCUGGACGCAAACCGACGCCUUGCAAUUCGUCAAUGGCGUCCGAAGAGUAUUACCCUCUUCUCAGAUCGAAGUGGCUGAUGAGCCAGCUCCUCCUCCGUCACACGCGCAUAGCCACUCGCAGGAUGUAAAUCCUCUGGUUCAGAAGCUGGAAAAAGCGGCCAUAUCAGACCCGCGAGUCCAGCAGCAGCAACAGCAAAACAUCCCAUCUUUUGCUCCGCCCCCGACGACGGGGUCCAGUGGCCGGAAUGAGUCUCCCCAAAGCUUUGCGCCGAUGGCGUAUAAUCCCGCCGCGCCCCCUGAGGCGGAGAAAUAUCAGCAUCGAGAGAAGACCCCGCCACCACCAGAAGAUGACGGCUACAAUCCCUUGGCUGCGACGCUGGCCCGCGAUCAAACAGUACCCUUCACGCCUGGUUACGGACAGACGACGUUUUCCGCACCGCCGGGCGCUCCAAGCUUCCCAGGACCGCCACCUCAAGCAUAUCCCGGCCCCACGAGCCCAGGUCUGCCUCCCUCAGCUCUAGGCAGUCCCGGGAUUCCGCCGACCCAAUUCGGCCAUCUUCAGCGCUCGGUAACGAUGCCAGCCACAAACCUCACAUCGCCAGGCCUGACGAGUCCAUACGGGGCUAAUUUCCCCGGCUCCCCUGGUGUGCCUCCGACCCAGCACCACCAACCCACGCCUCCGCCAGCCGUUCAGAGCCCGGGUCUCCCGCCACCGCCACCGGGGGGCUUCUCGCAGUUCAACUAUAGCGCAGCCCAGGCGGCGCCUCUGAGUUCGGACUAUGGCAUCCAUCAGCAGCUGUACCGGCCAACGGAGCAGGAACACGCAGCUAAAUACGGUGAAUACAAACCUAAGGUCGAGGGACAUGGUAAGUUGGGGCAGAAUGCGGAACGGCUUGAGCGGGGCGUCACGGGGAUGUUGAAGAAGUUUGAAAAGAAGUUUGGCGUAUAGUUAAAGGAAGGGUGUAUUUGCAGAUGACGGGAUGGUAGUAUUUACGGUGUGGUAUUUUGUGUAUGUUUAUCUCGGUUAGGGAAAUGCGAUGAUAUGUUGGUGGAAAGG